GCAGAUAGUCUAUUUCGAAAUUCUUUUUAGAGGAGAUUUUCUCUCUGUCUCUCUCUAAAAAUAUCAAACAAAGCUGCUGCUUGCUAUUCCUGUGGCUGGCGCACCACCUGGGGCUGAGGACAUGGGCAGCAUCGCCGGGCUGGGGAAAAUGCAGAUUGAUGAUGGAGCGUCUGGGGAUGCGCUUUUUCUUUACUGCGAACCACACAUUCCUUGAAUGACAGCAAAUUCUCUACAGGUUUUCCCUGCGGGAACGUGCCCCUCGGAGCCAUUCGGUUUUCUUUAGAAAAUCGGCCACAGGGGAGGAGCGGGGCGCGGCAUUACUGGGAGCGUCUCCAGACCCGGGGGCUCCAGCCCAGCCUGCGCGUACCCGCGGACCGGCUCUGCGGGCUACGAUCCCGAUUCUCGCAGGCCGGGUCGGCGGAGCAAGGGACGAGUGCGGAUGGUGUGAGCGGACUCCCAGCCGCCGAGGGCAGCGGAGGUCCCACGGAGCCCACUUUUCCCGCCGCAGCAAACGGCGGCCGCGCGGGGCGGAGGCACCACGUGCAGCUCACCCGCUGCAUCCAGAUGUGCAGGCACCCCGCAGCGAGGCAGGCCACCAGGCGAGGCUAUAGCGGGUUCCAAGACCCAGCUCAUCCCGCCAGCUGGCAGCUUCGCUCUUUCUAAAGGAAGCCCUUGGUCCUGGCUGCGGGAUCUUCGGUAGGUGGCUGGCGCACGAAAGAGCGCUGCUCCAGCCGGAACGCCUCGGCAGGAGGUUUGUCCCCGCCCGCGCGCCGUGCCGCGCGGCACCUGGGGUGGGGAAAGGGCGCGCGGCGGAGAUGGGCGAGACCAUGUCAAAGAGGCUGAAGUUGCAUCUGGGAGGGGAGGCGGAGAUGGAGGAGCGCGCGUUCACCAAUCCCUUCCCAGACUAUGAGGCCGCCGCCGCCGCUGCGGGGCUCAGUGCCGGAUCGGCAGAGGAGAUGGGUUGCGUUCGCACCCCACCCACCACAGACGAGUUCGGCCUUCCUUUCCACCACGACGGAAAGAUCAUUCAUAAUUUUGUGAGGCAGAUCCAGACCAAAAUCAAAGAUCUUCUACAGCAGAUGGAAGAAGGACUGAAGACAGCUGACCCUCAUGAUUGCUCUGCUUAUACUGGUUGGACAGGCAUAGCCCUUUUGUACCUGCAGCUGUACCGGGUCACUUGUGACCAGACAUACCUGCUCCGAUCUCUGGAUUAUGUAAAGAGAACACUUCGGAACCUGAAUGGUCGCAGGGUCACUUUCCUCUGUGGAGAUGCUGGGCCCCUUGCUGUAGGAGCUGUGAUAUAUCAUAAACUCAAAAGUGACUGUGAAUCCCAGGAAUGCAUCACAAAACUUUUGCAGCUGCACAAAAGCAUUGUCUGCCAAGAGUCAGAGCUUCCUGAUGAGCUGCUGUAUGGUCGGGCAGGUUAUCUGUAUGCCUUACUGUACCUGAACACCGAGAUUGGCCCCGGCACUGUGUGUGAAUCAGCCAUUAAAGAGGUCGUCAAUGCUAUUAUUGAAUCCGGUAAGACCUUAUCAAGAGAAGAAAGGAAAACUGAUCGCUGUCCCCUAUUGUACCAGUGGCACAGGAAGCAGUAUGUUGGAGCAGCCCAUGGCAUGACUGGGAUCUACUACAUGUUAAUGCAGCCUGCAGCAAAGGUGGACCAAGAAACCUUAACAGAAAUGGUGAAGCCUAGUAUUGAUUAUGUGCGCCACAAAAAAUUCCGAUCUGGGAAUUAUCCCUCUUCAUUAAGCAAUGAAACAGAUCGAUUGGUCCACUGGUGCCAUGGUGCCCCGGGCGUCAUCCACAUGCUCAUGCAAGCGUAUAAGGUUUUUAAAGAGGAGAAAUACCUGAAAGAGGCCAUGGAGUGUAGUGAUGUGAUUUGGCAGCGAGGUUUGCUCCGGAAGGGAUAUGGGAUCUGCCACGGGACCUCUGGGAAUGGCUAUUCUUUUCUGUCUCUUUAUCAUCUCACAAAGGAUAAAAAAUAUCUCUACCGAGCUUGCAAGUUUGCAGAGUGGUGUCUAGAUUACGGAGCACAUGGGUGCCGCAUUCCUGACAGACCCUAUUCCCUGUUUGAAGGCAUGGCUGGCGCUAUUCACUUUCUCUCCGACAUCCUGGUACCAGAGACAUCACGGUUUCCAGCAUUUGAACUUGGCUCUUCACAGAGAAAUUAAAAAGGUGCAAAGACAACUAAAAUACACGUUGGACCAAAAGCCACCAGAUUGCUUAGUGCCUGACACAGAACCACCGUGACUCCUAAAAGAGAAGGAAAAACAAAAAAGCAAACACCUUCACAAGCACCCUUUUGUUGCAAAGACCCUCAAGUUAGAGCAUGAGUAACAGAAACCAUCCCAUCAACAUUUUGUAACAGUGUCCCCUCAUCGUGUAAAAUAUGAAGUCUUUACCUUCAGGUUCCCUGUGGUGUUUGCAUGUUUCUUUGUGUUUGUUGUCUAUAGGUGUAAGUUCUAAAUUGAAAGUCCUUCUCUUCACAUGAACUCAGAGCUGAGCAUGCAUGAGUGUAUGAUGGUAGCCACACCUUUCUGUAUAUAAUAUAUAAAGUGGAGUGUCAUCUCUGUUGACAGGGGGAGUGGUCAAGUGAUAGCUUUCUUAUGUAUCAGAAAGAUAAUCUAGGGUGAUAUCCCACUGACUGUCAGCAUUUUCCCUGGGUACCUUUCAGAAGAAUAUGAGGACAAGAUCACUCCAAAACCUGAAAAGAAACAGCAGGCAAGAGGGCAUUUGCUGGAACAUUUGGGGAGUAUGCAGUUGAAUGCUGUUUCUUAUUUAUAUUUUGUGCUCACUUUAGUGUUUUUAAGAAGCUCCAGGAAGCACAUUAGAGCUGCCCAUUCUCCCAAGGCAGAGAUUUCAGGAACUUUGCAUAAAAUUCAAAAGACUCCUUACAAUUUAAGCAGCUAGUGCCCUGGGGAAUGUGUAUCAUGAUACCAAGAGUAACCUUAAUGACCACAUCGUAAGAAUUAAUGACUGAGUGUUGGCAAUUCUAGAACAUGUACCCAGGUGUAUAUUAUUAAAACAGACCCCACCUUGGGCAUGGGAUGUUGCUCAGUGGUAGAGCCUAGCACACACACACGGCCCUGGAUUCAAUCCUCAGCACUGAAAAGAACCCACACAAAAAUAAAAACAAAUAGACCCCACUUCAAUUUUAUCAACAUGAUCACUUAUUGGUUAUGACAAUAGUGGAUACAAUUCCAGAUGGGUGAUAAACAGGAAGAUACUCAGUUGAACCAAUGUCUCUGCAACCAAACUUAUUUCAAAAAUCAAAAGUAAAAAUUUGGGAUGAAUGUAUACCUUUUUGUAUGCUUUUGGGUAUUUAAAAGUACUAGUCUGCUUUUAUAUAUAUGGGGAACAACAUAAUGUUCUAAACAGGAAAAUUAUGGUAUUAUCCAGAUGACUUUUUAUUUUUCAAAAUAGGGCGUUAAUAUGGAUUAGCAUGUCCUCAGCAAUUCUAUUGUGUAGAUUUUGGUUUUUAGAAGGGCUUUUGUCAUCAGGGUACAACUGGCCUAUGAUUUUCUAAGUAUUUCUUAUUAGGCAAAGCAGUGCAUGUGUCACAAAAGACAAGAUAGGACUCUGAAAUGGUCUAGUCCUUAUCUACAGGGAACUGUCUGGAUAUCAGUUCAAGUUUCCACACCUUUUGCAAAGGAUAAAGAAUAAUAUCAAUUUAGAAGAUAAGUCUCCUUCAUGUUCAUGCAGUUUUUAGGGCAUUGCUGAGUCUUAUUUGAGAGUCUGGUACCUUAAACAUGCGACCUUCAGUUUCUAAACGAUGCCUUCUGAGUCUCUUCAUUGCAGACACUGUGGCUUCUAAGUCAGUGUUAUUUUUGUUCCUGUUAGGGUGAUGACUUCCAUGGGCAUAAAUAUUCAUGAUUAUCCUUAAACUGACUUCCCAGGCCUGCUAAUGGGCCUCUCCAGGAAGUCAUUACCUGAAGGCAGGGUAAGCCAUCAUGAGCAGGCUGAGGGGAGCUGUUUUGCAGAAGACCUCACACAAUACCCAAUCUCAUCCAAAAAACAAGGUUCCCAUCCUCCCCACCCACUCCAUGGAAGAAGAAUACACAACCCAGCUUACCAAUGAGGCCCUGCUUGUCUUACUUCUCAAGGGAAGCCAUUGGGGCUGCCAGGAAUUCCCUUGGGGCUCUCUAGUACAUCUUUCUGCAAGGAGGAGUCAGCUAGAAGAAGCUCUAAUUCUGGACAGGAUUCUCCAGUCCAGGAGCAGCAAGGGCGACUCUUAAUUAUCAGAUGCUAGAUGUGUUCACUUAUGUGCAUGUUUGAAAAAUACUUACUAGAGUUUCUAACUAACACACUAAGGGAAGGAUAAAAUAGCCAUAGAAUAAAUGGAGAUAUUAUUCAAAGAUUUUUCUAAGCCAGCUGGGUUGACACCUUCCUACUUGUCCACUAGAUAUUAACAGAUGUACAGUUCUUUGAUUCUCCAUCACCACUUCUCAAGUCUGUUACAUGGGCUACUGUGUGAUGAAAGCUCCAGCUGUCCAUCAUGAGAAGUGGAGGAGAAAUGACACACUUCACAGGACAGGAUUCACAGACCUAAGUUUAAUAAUUAUAAGUGUUUGAAAUCAGACUUCUGAACAUCUCACAUUCAUUUCUUGGAUUAGUUUGUGUCCACAACUGUGUUCUCCACAAUGUGUCUAAAUUUAAAAAUAUGAACAUGCACAAUACCAUUUCAAAAUCUGAAGGAAAAAGCUAAAGUCCGCAAAAAGUGUUUGGGGUUCUUUGGCUUUGUUAGUAAAAGACAGUUUUGUGGUGA